GGUAUUUUAGUGUUAUACGAUGUUUGAGCUCGUCAGGUGUCUGCUGCGGGUCAGUUACUAUUAUGCGCUGCUCGUUGGUGUGCUUAACUUUGAGAUUGAUUUGCGAACGGGUCGGGCGCACAUAACCAGACGGACUUCGAUCUAUGCUGCUUGCGUGAAUGUGAUUUGCAUUUGUGGCCUCCCCUGGUUGAGUGGAACGCAUGUAAUUCAUUCUUUCUGGACGCAGGCUGAACUACUUCACGACUACAUGUUCCUGGUCAUGCUUAGUGGGCGUGUCCUUUGUGUGUCUGUGACACUGAUCAGCCGUUGGUCCCAGCGCCGGCGAUUUGUUCGCCUUGUGAACUCCUUCCAACAUCUGACCCAACAGAAGCCUCACGUGAUGAGAAUGUGGCGACGCGGAGUUAUUAGCAAAUUUAUAAGCGUUAUUCUCUCGGAUUUUUUGCAAAUGGCAGCUAGCUUGCUACUUAUUUGGGAGAAGCUUACAAUUAAGUUGAGUUUCAGCGUCAUGAUUUUUUACGCAAUCUCAGCGCUUGUCAAUAUCAUUAUCUCCCAUUAUUACUUCGCCCUGCUCAAUGUGUACGGUCAAUAUAUCCUGCUCAAUAGGGAGCUGCGCGCUGUACUGGCUGAGACCCGCUCUCUAGAGUCCGAGUGCCGGAAGGGUACCCUGCUACUGACCAUAAGUUAUUAUAUGUCGGGCGUCUCCAUGAUCUACCUCGGAUUUUCCGAGUUGACGGGUGCCAUCCGUUUAAACUGGAGCAAAUGGGUCUUAGCUCUGCUUGGCUGCGGAUUUAUAUGCUACUUUACAGAUAUUCACAUAUCCGUGAAUAUUAUCUACGCUCUUCUGGAUGCACAUGCUGAGAUGGUGAAGCUGCUCUCUCAGCACACUCUUUUUGGCCCGGGCUUAGAUGAACGACUGGCGGCUGUUUUCGACAGCUUUCAAAUACAACUGGCAUGGAAUCCUGUAAAGUUCUCAGUUCUGGGGCUCUAUGACAUGGAGAAGUCGAAUGCAGUUACUUUGGCCAGCUCAGUAGUAACCAGCUCUCUGGUACUGAUACAAAAUGAUUUAAAAAAUGCC